CUACUCAUCUAACGUGUUUUCUUUGCCCCCUUUUCCAUUUUAAUACGCAUGUUCUACGUAUACGCUACGUAACAGAUAUUGCAGACAACUUGGCUGUAGCAACAGCAGUUGUAGUUGUUCUGUAUUUAAAAAAAAUUUAACCAGAUAUAAAUUUUAAAAAUAACAUCUAGCUUUUAUCACUACAAUUAGAGUAACUGAAGAGAGUAAAAGAGCAAGUGUUAGAGAGUAGAGCGGGGGGUGAGCAAGUGAGUUAUAUUUUGGAAAGUGGGUGAAAAGCUCAAGUUUAAUACAAACGCACAAAUAUAAAAUAACAAUGGCGAAUCCACGUAAAUUUAGCGAAAAAAUCGCUUUACAAAAGCAAAAACAAGCUGAGGGUACAGCGGAAUUUGAGAAAAUUAUGAAUGAGGUUAAGGCAACCAGAGUCGUAGAUAAUGUCUUAGGCAACACAGAUCUAACCGAUGGUAAUGGUUUACAUAGAAAUGCUAGUUUAAGUGGCGGUAGUGGAGGCAGUGGCACAAGUAGUGGAGCCAGUGGUGGUGGUGCUUCUCCAGAUGCAAAUGCAGGUGGUAGUGGAAGUAUAGGAGGCGGCGGUGGAGGAGGAGGAGGUGGCGGUGGUAUUGGUUUAAUAAACACAACAUCUGGCUCUCCCACAUACCGAGAAUCAAGAGGCCGCAGUGUAGGCGUUGGUCCCAUGAGAAGACCUUCAGAACGUAAACAAGAUCGAUCUCCUUACGGCAGUACAGCGAGCGGUCUUAUGCUAAGCGGUGUAACGCAACAAACACAAAACAGUUAUUUAAGUCCACCCAUGGAUAGUAGUAGUUGGAGACGUUCAAAUUCUGAUUCUGCUUUACAUCAAACGCUUAACAAUUUGGCAGAGGGAAAUUUUGGCGCAUCCAGUCCAGUACCCAGUAUGGGCGAUAUAAAUUCUCUGCAUGCCAAUUAUCACCAUCAUCAUCAGCAUCAAACUCAUAACAGCCAAAGAUCUCAAUCCCCCAAUAUAGGGCGCAGUUAUAGUCCACAAGCACAAAGAAGAAAAAACACAUUACUACAGCAGCAACAGCAGCAGCUACAACAACAACAACUGCAGCAUCAACGUUUACAAAUGCAACAGCAGCAGCAACAACAACAAGCACAACAACAGCACCAACAGCUACAGCAACAUUUACAAAAUCAACAACAAAGCUUACAGCAGCAACAACAACAGCAGCAACAUUUGCAUCACCACCAACAACAAUAUACCAAUGCCAAAUACAACAACUCCAACAUCAUGUUCAAAUCCCUGCACGAACAGCAAUUAUCAUUUAACAACACCGGCUCAUUACCCGACUUAAGUUCCCUACACUAUGCGAACCAACCAAAUGCAACCAAUAACAGCAGCACACAAAUGAUGCCAACAUCAGCCACACAACAGCAACAGACUCUUUCGCCCAUCCUAUCGCCACAUCAUAAUAAUGGAUGUCAUGAUCGGGAUCAGUCGCCAAGUCCCUUUAGUCCUCCCAGUACGGCAGGUGGAGGUAAUAGUGGGGGUGGCCCUCCCUCUCCAUAUCAUCAACAGGAAAAUUCUCCAACAUCUGCCACCAACACCCCCACAGCUAAUGUUCAAACCUCACCGCAUUUGUCCUUUACCAAUUUGUCUGUACAAUCGCCCGUGAAUGUACAGCAAACGAACACAGCACAAAAUACAGCCGCUGCCCUUAACACAUUGCCAACACUGGGUAAUCUAACAGACUAUCGUCAACCAUUGAAUCCACCUAGUCCAGGUUCUUCCCCCGGCCUUCUAACAUCGGGCCCAGCCAACGAUAUACACACAAGUGCACCGCCUAGUCCCAUAAGACAUUGUCCAAAUAAUCUAAAUUCCUCCGUUAGCGGAGCGAAUAGUAGUCAAAACCCACAAAACCAAAUGCCAACACAAAGUUUACAAAACACAUUUGGGAAUCUGGACUCCAACACCGGUUAUAAUACGCUUAAUCCUGCUUUUCAUAAUCACUUUGAACAGUUUCAUCUGGGAGACAAUAGUCAGUCGCCGCAAAAUAACUACGAUGCUUUGGAAUUUGAAGACUUGGGCAUGGGCAACCAGCAACACAAUAACUUUAAUACUAAAAUAAUAGACUUUGGAGAUUUGACAACACCGUCAUCCAAUACCCCGUCAAAUACAACAAGAACGAACUCAACAAAUAGCACAUCCAACUGUAAUAACAACAACAAUUUACCACAACAACAGCAGCAGCAGCGAAAUAACUCCCAACAAUUCCAACAUCACCAUCAACAGCAACAACUUUUAAACAAUAAUUCGACUACAAGUAGCACGAGUAGUAAUGUGAAUAGCAAUGGACCUGUGAAUGCCUGUAGAACAGGUCUGAUGAAUAACAAUGAUAGACAAGAUAUAUUAUCGGCCAAUUCAUCACCCAUACCUUCGCCUUUAUCACAUGGUGUGCCACCACCUUCCUCUCCCUUACCUAUACCUAUGUCAGCACAUUCACCACAUCAGCAGCAGCAGCAGCUGUCGUUAUCGGUCCAAACAUCGCCACAUCAUUCGCCUAUGCAUUCGCCGCAUCACUCGCCUUCACCUUUGUCGGUAUCAUCACCCGGGCUGACAAUGUUGGGUGGUAGUGUAUCGCCUGUACCAUCACCAUCCGCCCACAUAAUGCAACAACAACAACAGCAGCAGCAUAAUCAUCAUCUUAAUAAUCAAACAGCGAAUCAAAUGCAUCACAAUCAAACACAAUCAUCACACAACAAUCAUCACCAUCAUCAUCAACAACAGCACCAGCAACAGAAUCAAACACACAUACCUACAACCGCCACAAAUAUACCACAAAUUAUAUUUUCCGAUUAUUCCUCAUCGCGCGAUAUCUUCGAUAGUCUCGACCUAGAUUUGGGUCCAAUCGAUGGCCCCGCUUUACAAAUGCUAUCCGACCAAAAUCCCAUCAUGAUUGCCGAUCCCUCAAUAGAGGAUAGUUUUCGUAGAGAUCUUAACUGAUACUACGAGGAAGCUGUUGCAGCUAUUGAGAGUGGUAUCCUCUUAGAGGACUCGUUCGAUCCCCUAGGUCCGCUUGUCGAUGUAACAGAAGUAUUAGGCAAUCCUCCCCUGGCAACACAACUUCAUCAUCAUGUAAAUAAACCUCAAAAUGAUGACACCACCUCCUCCACCUGUGCCAUUGGUUGCGGUAUAGGCGCCGGCGGCGUUGGCAUUGACACCACCAACAGCAUUUGUGGUGAGGAAUCAAAUGAUACCCAUAUUAACAGAGACGAUAUCUUAAGCAGCCUAAACGACCAACUCAACGACGAGGUUCACGAUGAUGAAGACGAUGAGGUACGAAAUUUCUUUUUCUAAAUCAUGUCAUUAGGAUCAUUAUAUUACCUAUAGAUAGAACCGGCACAUUAAAACUGACUUGUAAACAAACCUCUAACAUAAAAGAGAGCGCCAAAGAACUGAAGAAAAUAUAAAAAUUUGUUGAAAACUUUUUAAUUGUUUAGAACAGUCCCCUUCCCUCUUGUUAAAGCAAAUGCAACAGUUUAAACUUAAUAAGCUUUCGAGUAGUCUAUAUUAUCUGGUACAUAAUUUAAGCUUUAGUGCUGCAAAUAUUUCUGAAAUUUAAGAGAAAAUGUUAAGAGAAAUUUCCUUAAGAGUAAUGAUUGAAAUAAAAGGAUCUAUGCCGAUCUACUUGAAUUUAAACAACUUUUUAAAUGUUAUUGUUGGGACGUAUAUCAGUCAAAAUCAGCUGUGCUGAAGUGCCAUAGUUCCUUUAAAAUACUUUUGGUUCCAUGAUUUUUUUAAUCAAAUUUCCUGUGAUAUUAUAUAUUACAUUUUGAUGGACUGGACACAAGUCUAUUACACCGUGUGACAAAAUUAUUCUCAAAAUUAAUAAAUCGUGACCUUUGCCACGUUUGUAGGUCCAGUAAAGAAUAACAAUUGGAAAUCCUUUUUUCAGGGGUAAAAAUUUUAGAAAAAUCUACUCUACUAGCUAAAUAGCUUGCACUUGAUCAGAUGUUGAGUAAUUUUUUGCUGUGAAACAGCAGAUUAAGAAGUAGGAUUAGACAAAAUUGAUAUUGAAUAAAUUGAUGUGUUCUAUUACACAGUGUAACAAAAUUAACCUCGAAAUGAAUAAAACGUGAUCUUUGCCACGUUUGUAGGUCCAGUAAGGAUUAACAAUUGGAAAUCCUUUUUUCGGGGGUAAAAAUUUUUGGGAAAUCUACUCUACUAGCUAAGCAGCUUGCACUUGAUCAGAUGUUGAGUAAGUUUUUGCUGUGACACAGCAGAUUAAAAAAAAAAGAAUAAGACAAAAUUGAUAUUGAAUAAGUUGAUAUGUUCUAUUGCACAGCGUGACAAAAUUAACCUCAAAAUGAAUAAAACCUGACCUUGUCACGUUUGUAGGUCCAGUAAAGAAUAACAAUUGGAAAUGCUUUUUUCGGGGUAAAAAUUUCUGGGAGAUCUACUCUACUAGCUAAGCAGCUUGCUCAAGUGCAAUAAUUUUCAGAUGUUGAGUAAGUUUUUGCUGUGACACAGCAGAUUUAAAAGAAGAAUUAGACAAAAUUGAUAUUGAAUAAGUUGAUGUGUUCGCUUAAAAGCUUUUGCUUUAAACUGUAGUUAAAAAAGAUCGUUCUCUUAAAUUUCAUAAAUAUUUUCAGACGAUUUCAAAAUCUUACAUAUUUAAUUUGUAUUAAACGCAACAACAACAACAAAAAGUAAAAUCAAAGAACAGGUUUUUAAUAAAUUUUAAAUCUAAAUUUAUUAAACAAAAAAAAAUUAAAUUAAAACGUAUUUGGUACAAAAACAAAACAAACAAAGAAAUAUUUAUAUAUAUUUAUAUACAAUAUAAAACAAAAUAAUAUCAAUAUGUGCAAUAAAAUCGAAUUAUAGGGAAGUAUUAAAAUAAAAAGCAACAACAAAAAUUAAAUAAAUUCAAUCAAAAUCAAAAGUCACAAUUAUUACUAAUACAAAAAUAACAACACAGUAAUAUAUUAUAUACAAAAAAAAUUUAAUAACACAGAUUACAUUAACUAUCAGACCCCCACCCCUUCCUCACUCUAAAUCCCUUAAUCCAAAAGUGUCUUAGACCUGUGUGACAAAUGAAACAUACUUAUGCAUCACAUCACACUUAACAUCUCACAACAACCGCAACCGAAUUGCUGAUAAUAUUAAAAAUAAAACAAACUUCAGAAAGAAAAAUAGUUAUUAAUAAAUUAAUAUAGAAAAACAAAACAUAUGUUAUCCGCUCUAAAAUUUAUAUAUAAUUUAUAAAAUAAAAUCAACACAGUUUUACUACAAAUUAUGAUCGAAUACAAUUAUAAAAAAAAACAAAAAUCCAAUAAAUAUAAACCUACACUGAAAAAAAAAAUAAUUUAAAUUCUUACAUUCAUUAAAUGUUCAAGCACACAUAAAGUAAUACAAAUAUAUUUUUUAGUAGAUGUUUUGUUUAUAAAGCCCCCUUUACACGAUGUGUCAAAAUGUUGAAAUGAUU